AUGGGAGCUGGGCAGGCACUCUUUCAGCCCUGGGUCUGGUCGGUCACCGAGCAAUCCACUUCCUUCCCAGUUCUCUCCUCUUUAAGCCUUGGGGACUCUGAACGUCCUGCCGGAACAGGCUGCCCACCUUGGGCACUGCACGGGGUGAGGCUUGGGAGGGUGCUGGCUUCCAAGACGCCAGGGACGUUGAGAUGGAGGAAGAGUGAAAGUGAUGGUGGAAUAGACAGUUGGGCCCCGAGACGCCCAGGACGUUUUCGCAGGCCGAUACAUUUGCAAGAAGAGAGAGAACCAGGCCCGCCUCUUCAGGAGGGGGCUGCCCCCAGGCCACGCCGAUUGAGGCUGGAGCGGGAAGGGGGCUCAGCCAGUGCAGAGUGGGAGGCUGCAGUAAGUAAACCGUGUCCCAACCCCAGAGGGUGGGUUCCCACUUCCCUGCCCCAGACCAGUUGGCAGGUCCGGGAACCCGACGGGGACAGAGAAACCCCUUUUUCAGCCCAAAUGGAAGCCCGUGGGCAGCGCGUUGAUUGGAGGUCGCUUUGGGCUGAAACGCCUCUGAUACUCCUAGAGGAGAGGCGCGUUUGCGUCCCACGGCUUCUCACUUUCAGCAGGACAUUAGGAGGGAGACGAGUCCGCGGCGGGCUCGCAGCGACCUGCGGACAGGGCUGGGGACACCAGGGGGCAGCACCAUCCUGGGGUCGCGCUAGGGGCGCGGGCGCCGGGGAGAAUGGUGGCUGCGAAGGCCAGCCCAGGCGCCCCGCGUACCCGCCGCUCCGGUGCCGCAAGGCCUCCUUAACCCUUCAGGGCCUGGCCCGGGGGCCUUGGACGGCAGAGCCUCCGGCAGGCGGGUGGCAGGAGGGCGGGUGCUGGGGCGAUGGCGAUGCCUGCUGGCGGCCUAGCCUGUCGCCGCCGGCCCCCGCGUGUGGGGCGUGUGGGUCUAAGAGAGAAUUGUGCUUGUCGGUGUGGGGUGGCGCGUGCGAGUACCGGGGGAACUCGGAGACUUCUUCCGAGCUCUCAAGCCCUUCCUCCCCCUCUCCCCCGCCGCUGCUGCGGAGAACCCGAGCCACCGGUGUGGCCUGGCCCGGCCCUCGCGAAGGGCGCGGCUUCCGGGCCCCGCUCCCCAGCCGACCUCGAACUCCUGCGCGGGGCGCUCCUGGGGCUGGAGGGGCGCGCUCAGCCUCACUGCCUCCAGGACUCCCACGCGCGAGCGCCCAGACUCGAGGCCGCCGACGCCCCAUUUCCCGGCUUCGCGAUGGCCCCUUGAGGGACAGCCUCCACGAGACCUGGAUUUACACCCCGAGCCUGCCUUUCUCCGCUCUGGGAAGGACCCAAAAUCCAGUCCCGCUUCCUCCCCCUCCUUCGCUGUCCAGGGCCCCGAGGUGCCGAGCACCGGCAGGCAGGAGCCCGCAGGAGGCCGAGCGCCCCGUGCUCUCAGGACUGGGCGGCAGCCGGGGAGCCCCUGCGCGUUUGGGAGGGAGCCCGAGCUCCGGCUCCCCUGGGUAUCCUCCCGGGAGCGCCUUCGGGGUAGAGGCUGGUCGCCCGGGGCGCCGAACGCGUCCGAGCACGCCCGUUACGGUUUUGCGUUUGGACUUCGUUUGGGGCUCUCUGGAGGCGCAUAUCUGCUUCUCCUAUUGGAUGGGGAUGAGGCCGGGGACCCCGAGCCCACUCCGGAAACACCCGGUUUCCAGAGCGGACGGCUGCGCCUCCUUUCCCCACGCGUCCUCUGGGCGGCUCCGCAGCGCCCCGCUGGGAGCGAACCCAAAGUCCGCCCAGGCCGCGGGCCUCGGCAACUCCCCACAGGUCCACGAGAUGGCGCUGCAGGCCAGGGCCGGGGCCGGCCGCCUGGAGAGAGAGCGGAAGGUAGACUGGGACCCCGGCGAGUGGGGCACGGCGGUGCAGCCACGAAAGCACGCAGAGCCGGGUCCGGAGCCCCGCAUAGGCAGCCGAGGGACUUCGGGGCUGCGGACUCGCGGAGCUGAGGGCUCGGGGCUCGGGAUGGGGCCUUCAACCCUGCUCCCGGGGCCGCCCGGCAGCGCCAGCUUGGCGACCUUCCAAGCAGGCUGCAGACCCGACCUGCCCUCUUCUGCGCGCCGGCGGGGCCGGACCCUCGCGUUCCCUCUGCGGGGAAGGAGCCGCGGGACUCCGGCCUCCCGGCCCCUCCGAAGGGGGCUGUGGUUGGGAUCCGCGGCGCGCCGGGCGCAUGGCCCUGGAAGCGCGGGGCCAACUUGACGGUGAGGACUUGGGGGCGGGGUAUGGGAAGGAUCGGCGGGCAUCCAGCGCUCCACGCGCGGAGAGGGCACUCUCGGCUCCGACCCGCCCUCCUCACCACCCUCACCCGGGUCUUCAGGGCAGGGUCUUCAGGGUCGAGGGCAGGAUGUGCCCGGUGGAGCCGCUCCUAAGGUCCGGCCUCCAUAGGGGAGGCUUUAGGCUGCGUUAUUCAGCGGGAGGUGGUGGGGACUGGGGAAGGUGGCACAGGGGUCAGCCUGAGAAUGUCGCCCUUGGAUUGAAAGCCACCAAGGCUCUGGGUCAGGUCUGAAUAGGGGGCAAGGGAUGUGAGGCCGUUUGGCCAGGGAAUGCCAGAGUUGGAGGGGGUGGGGCUUAGAAGCCUGUUUCCAGCUGAGCCUUUGUGUCCCCAGAUGAGCUCUGUCACCCUCAGAGAUUAACCCCACACACGUUUCCUCAGGGCACACGGCUAGAAAGCAGCACAGCUAACACCAGAGGGUCAUUUCCACUGCAAUACAGUCACCGGCUGGGUGAUGUGACCCAGGCCAGAUGUCCCCACACUAGACUCUCAGCUCUUUUCUCUUUCAAAGUAGUGUAGCAGAGAAUAGGACCGAAUCUUUGGUGAUUUAAUAAUUAUCUGCACGCCCAUCUAUGGCUGAGGUCGCUGCUUGGUAGGAAAACUGGACAGGAGCUAGAUAGGUACAAGAUCAAACUCUGCCUCGAGGGCUGUGGGUGCUCUUCAAAAAUGUGACUUUAUUUUCUGGGCCCCAGAAUCCUCAUCUGCAAAAUAAGUAGUUUGAACUAAAAUCAGAUUGAUCUGCGAAUGGCCAGCUGACCUAGGCCCAGUUUCCAGUGACCACCCCACCCAGCCUUAACUGCCCAGACAAGAGCCAUGUUCCCAUUGAAUGCUUGAGGAAUCUGAGCCAGAGGGAUAGGCAGAGUAACAGACCUGGAGGACCUUGGCCAAGAUUCUUUGGGCGGGGGACAGGGCUGGUGGCCUGGGUGAAUUCCCAAUGAGGAAAUUUCGUUCUAGGUCCAAACCCCUCAGGGAAUUGGUGGCCUCCACUCCCUGUGGGAUGUGGUUGUCAGUCACAGCUUGGCCUUCCACCUUGAGCAAGCUGCUUUUGGAGAGACACAGGCUGUUGGUUUCGGGGGGGGGGGGGGACUUUGGUCCCCAGCACCACACUUUGUUGACUGCAUGUGACUUCUCCCCGAAGAGAGAAAGGAAUACCAGUGAAAGCCAUUCAGGCACCCAGGUUUAAGGGUGUUCCCCAGGCUAAUUUCUCGCCUGCAAGGAAGCCCUCACGGCAGUCAACACACUUUCACAUGUGGUCUCUCCCCAACCCUCGCUGGCAGGGUGGAGACUGUGAGUCCCCAUUUCACAGACAAGACAUUGAGGUUCAGAGAAAUGAAGUGAGGUGCCCAAGGCCAUCCAGUAAGUAAAGGACAGAGCUCUUUCACAAUCCUGUGGGCCUGGCCCUUGGAAACCUUCGCUGAUGAAGUGAUGAUGAGCGAGAGUCAGACUUGCAACAGGAAAAGGGCAAAAGGGGCAGAGGAGGGAGUGCCCGGAUGUUCGUGGGAGAAGCAGCCUGGCUCAGAACCUAAGUCCAGCAGGCCGGGGGGAGGUGGCCUUGUGGCUCCCGUCAGCCCAGCUGGGCCCGCAGGGACCACUGGCCAGGGCAGGGGCUUCUCGGCAUAAAACUAACAGGAGCAUUGGGAGGGGGUGCGUCCCGUGCUCAGCUCAGGGCGUGGCUCAUGUUCGCUCUCAUUAUUAUUUAUUUAUUGCCCAAAGAGAACAAGCAGUAUGUCCUCUGGCCCCAUGAUGCCUGCUCCUCAGCCUGACAGGAGCAGCUGUGGAACGGCCACUGUGUGCUUAACAUACACCCAGACGUUUUAUUUAAUUCUCAGCACUGGGUGGUCGGUAUGAUUACCUCCAUUUUACAGACAAGAAAAUGGCCCAAGGUGGUAGAGCAGCUAAGAAGCAGGUCACAGGGCCACACCAGGCUCUGGCAGACCCCAGUCCUGUGUCCUUUCCUGGCCUGCCGUUCCUGCUCCACAGCCACUAGGCUGCAGAGUCCCCUGGCAUUUGGCCUGUGGCAGGCUGUCCUGGGGGCUGGUUUUCAUUUAGCCCUGGACUGGCUGGUCGGUUCCUUCAUCCUGCCCUCGCUUUGGGUUUUCUUUAUUUCCUUCUUGGGGGGCUGUCCACACUUCCAUGUUUUGCCUGCCCACAACUGUCCCCAUUUGCCCACGACAGUCCUGGUUUGAAUACUGGUAUUCUGAGUUCUGGAACACCUCUCAGUUUUGAGCAAGUCACCCAGUAGGUCCCUGCCAUCCCCACACACAUACCCCUACACUGGGCCGGGAGACCCAGGAAUAAGUGAAGCAGACAACAGCGCCCUUAUUGAGGGAGCCAAUGAUCUCGUAGAAGAUAGCGACAUUCAAGGAAUAUAACCCCUCCCAAAAGAAGACACAGCGGUGCAUAGGGUGGGGUGGGAAAAGACUUAGCCCCAGGAAACUGGGUGCAGAGAGGAGCUGCAGAGCCUUAGAGAGGCUGGGGAGCUGGCAAGUGGCCUGGUUUCUCCAAGGAAAACCACCCCACCAAACAUCUUCACAUGUGCAUGUAUCCGUGUGUUCGUGUAUGUCUGUGUGGCAGGUGCAUGUCUACAUGUGUAACACUUGGCAGGAGUGCAGAAAGCCCUUGCUGGGUGAGUGACUGAAGUGCACCUGGUCCCUCCAGGAUACUCCCCCAACCCCCACCCCCAGGUCCUGGGCCAGAGGCCCCUUCUCCAAGUCCACUUGAGUCCCCCACGGAGAACUCUGGAGGGCUUCCGGUCUUCCUUUCAGCCAACCAGGCCUCCUCUCUCUCCUGGGGAACUGAGGCCCAGGGAGUGUGUGUGUCUUGCCUGAGGAUGUGCCUCUGCAGGAGACAGUUCCAGGCCAUCCACAGACAUUCCUAGCCCUCAAAUCCUGCUCUCCAGCUGUGUGGGUGAUUCUCUGCUGCCUAAGGGUCUGGAAAUUUCUGGCCUCUGGAGCAACCGCCUUGUCCCCCAAGGACAGGGCAGACCUCUCCACCUGGGUCCCUUGGGGAAGCUCCUAGCACAUUUGCCCCCACAAUCUUUCCUGUGGAGAAGAGGGCCUUCCUCAAAUGCAGCUGAGAUGAAGUCACUGCCCUGAUUAAAGCCUCCCAAAGCCUUCCCUUGCUGUUGGGGUCAAGCCCAGCCUCCUUGGCCUGGCAUUGGGGCCUGUGUGAGUCCUGCCUACUUACCCCCCUCCCCAGGACUCCUCCCCCACUGCCCACCUCUAGGCUAGUUUUGCUGGCCUUGCCUCGGCCUCCCCAUAUGCACAUGCUUUUUCCUGGGCUUGGAAUGCUCUUCCUGCCUUCCUCCAAAAAACUCAGCCCACUGGCUCCUUCUCCAGGGAUCUGCUCCUCUGCCUUUUCUCUCCUGAGUUGGGUGCCCACGCACGCCCUGUCUCGUGUUAGUAGUCAACGAAUGUGCGGACUUGGGCAAGUUACUCUACCUCUCCUUCACCGCUGCAAAGUGGGGAUACUAGCACCUACUCCUGCGUGGUUCAUAGUGGGGCCGGUCUGGAGCCGUGACCAAUGAGUGAUGGUUCCUGUCCCUUGGGGGGGCUCUAAGGACUGCUGAGGAUGGAGCCUGGGGCGCUGUGCGAGUGGGGACAUACCCCUCAGUCCAGCGCGGCGGCCAGGGCUGGGCCUGCCAGAGAGGAGCCCCCUUCCCACCCUGGAGGCCAGGCGCGGCCCAAGGAGGCCCUGCCUGAAUGUGCCCUAAACCUGGGCGUUUAGACUAGAGGGGGCCCAACGGGCCUGCAUGCUGGGUGUCUGCAGAUGAACAGCGGCGAAGUCCUGAGGCCAAAGAGCCACCGUGCGCACGCGCUGGCGACACCUCCUCCCUCUCCAAGGGAAGCGCGGCCUGGGGAGGGGGCGUUUCUUGCCGCAGGAUGGUUGCUGGUGACCCGGCUGGAUUAAUAUCUUCUGUGGACUGCCUGCGCUGCGCAGGCAGUGGCUCCCUCCUACCACUAGGUGGGGAUCUGGAGUCGUUCAGACCAGGAGUCGGUGCUUGGGUUCACGCCUGGAGCCCCUCGCCCUCCUGCCGCCAGCCAGGGUUUCCCCGGCCUGCCUGGCUGCAGCCUCCCAGACACUGGGUCCGCGCCCUGUGCCUCCACUCUCAUUUCUAGAUAGGCACUGCUGCCAGGGAAUAACAUUGAGGAAAAUGAAUGAGAACACGGACUGUGCAGCCAGAGAGCCCUGGGUUCAAAUCCCAGCUGCACAUGUAGUUCUGCGGCUUUCGCUCCUUUGGCCUCCACCUUCCUCAUCUCUGAAAUAGACUCAUCUACUUAUUCUGCAAAGGGUAGGAGGGAAUGUGGCCGCCCUGAUCACCACCCAGAGUGGGGGGAAUGGGCAGCGUACUGUGUACUCUGAUCCCUCACAUAGUACAGCUAACCCGGGACAGCAGCUGUGUUCCAAGUCUUCCCCGUGCUCCUGUCUCACUGACAGAAACUUACUUAUCCCACGGCUCCCUCCCUUGGGACCUUGCUGGGAGAGAGGGGCCCAUCUGACUUAAUGCAUUGCUUUUCCAGAUGCUGUACUGGCAGCUUCCAUCCGGGCUGGGGUGGGGGAUCAGACUCUGGCCUGUGUCCAGGGGCACCACUGCAGAGGUACAGAUGUCUCCCCUCACGCCCCGCCUAUUACACAAGGGCCCUGCCUCUUCUUCCUCCAUCAGGCUCUGGGCCAGGGCUGAGGGAUAAUUUCCCUUCUCCAUUCACAGGCAGAAAAACUGAGCUUCAGAGAACCCAAGACAGGGUCUAUCAGUGGGGAAAAGCGAAGAGUUGGCCCAGGGAAAGGGAACAUGGAGGUUGGGGUUGCACCAGUCUUGGUCUUGGUCACCUCGGUUCAGGCAUCCCCUUCUUUCAUGCCUUGCUGGUCUUUUCCCUGACAUAGGAGGGAUUUGUAUGACAGUCCCCAUCUGUUCAGACAUCAGAACCUGCCACGCCCAGAGGGAGCUGCUCUCCCUCUCACCCCUUUGGGAGCCAAAGGUCUCUUCCCCAGGGUGGAAAGAUGGAGGUUAAGAAGGGUUUAACCCUUCUUGUGUUCACAGCAUUUCAACAAGGAUGCAUUGAGUGAUGGUUGCGUGUCACGUGUGGGGAAUCCUCCCCCUAUCUCUCACACGCUCUGGACUCAUUGCCAUUUUUUCUUUCUUUUUAAAAAUUGAGAUAUUAUUUGCAUAAAACGUACUAUGAAAGGGUACAAUCCAUUAGUAUUUACUCUAUUUACCAGAUUGUGCAACAAUCACCACUGUCACUCCCAAGCCCUUGACAACCAUGAAGCCGCCCUCUGUUUCUGUGGGUUUGCCCAUUCUGGACAUUUCAUAUCAAUAGAAUCAUACACUCUGUGCCUUUUUGUGACUGGCUUCUUCCACUUAGCUUAAUGUUUUCAAGGCUUACCCAUGUCGCAGCACGUAUUGAUACUGUCAUCCUUUGUACAGCUCAGCCAAAUUCCAUCACGAGGCUGUUCACCUCUUAUUUCUUCAUCAUCAGUUGAUGGGCAUUUGGGUUGUUUCCGCAUUUGACUAUUAUGAAUGAUACUGCUCUGAACAUUCAUGUCCGAGUCUUUGUGUGAAUAGAUGUUUUCAUUUCUAUUGGGUAUGUCUAGGAGUGGAAUUGCUGGGGCAAAUGAUAAUGCUAACUUUUUUCCCCACCAGCAUCCAAAGCAGUUAAUGCCAGCUUUCUGAGGAACUUAUCAGUUAGCACUUAUCAAAGUGAUAACUUUUUAUCCAAUUGCUGACUUUUUGAGGAACCACCAAACUGCUUACCGUGGUAACCCUCCCACCAGCAAUUCCUUGCCAUUUCUUGAAUGUGCCAGCCACACGACUCCUUGGUCCCUGACUUCUUUCUUGGUGAGGCCAUCACUGGCCAUCUGAUGGAAGACAGGAGCCCACUUUCAGCUUCUGCACUGCCUUCCUCCCUGCCUCUGGUUGUUGAUGUCGGAUGUGCUGAGAUGAUUUUACUUACUUACUUUGUUUGUUUCCCCUCACUAGAACUGAGCUUUGUUCAUGGUUCUAUCUUUGGUCCUAGAACAUUUUGUGGCACAUCUAGUGCUCAAUCAAUGUCUGUUGAGUAACAUGAGUGAAGGAAUGUAGGAUGCCAUGCCAGGUACACAGGGCAGAACGCGGUGAGUUCUCAUGGAAAUGGACCAAGUGUGACCGAGGCCACAGGGAGGUAAACCGAGCGUCACUGGGGCCUCCUGCCUGUACAUUUCUCCCCCUACCAAGUUGGGGGAGCCCUUGGGGGCUCAGGACAACCCAUACUCUCACCCUCAUCAGACCAGCAGAGAAGAAGAACCGGGCCUCCUCCCUCAAACUGGGCAAGAGCUGGGGAAACAGGUUAGCCAGCCAUGUCGUCAUCACGACAGUUCCGUCUCCUGGAUGGGACACUGUAGACAAUGCAGUGGCUGAGGAAGGAUUUGGAGGGUGGCAGUUGGGGAGGGGAUUCCUGUGUUGAACCCUUACCUGACAUGAUAUACAAAAUUAACCCGCAAAUGCAUCAAAGACCUAAACUUAAGAGCUAAAGCUACAAAACUCUUAGAAGAAAUCACAGGGGCAAAUCUUCAUGACCUUGAGUUUG